AUGGCUGGGGGAUCAUCAAAGAGGUCUAAAAGAGCAAGACUUUAUUAUGACAAGGAUGGUGACGUAGAUAGUGAGGAUGAUGGCGACAAUAAAGAUGCUGAGAUGGAAGAGUUUGAGAAAGAGUACAAGGAGCUUCGUUCACAAGAAGAGGAUAUAUUGAGGAAUCUGAAGCGUGAUAAGGGCGAGGAUGCUGUUAAAGGUCAAGCCGUGAAGAACCAGAAGGCUCUUUGGGAUAAAACUCUGGAGUUCAGAUUCUUACUUCAGAAACCAUUUAAUAGUUCAAACAGAUUGCCACAGGAGCCUGUGAAAUCGUCGUUUUGUUCGGAAGAUGAUGAGAAUGUCUCGACAGCAUAUACAGAUCUAGUUACUUCAUCUAAGAAGACAUUAGACUCCCUCUUGGAGUUGCUAGAGGCUUUGCUUGAGAAGAACCCCUCGGUUGAUCUACAACAAGUGAAUAGAACAGCUAGUGCAGAAUCCAAUAAAUCACAUACAGAAGAUAGCGAUGAAAAGGUACAAAACUGGUCUUUGCCAUGUAGAAUGUCUGUAUUCCGAAACAAAGCUGUGGACAAAUGGCAGAGAAGAACACAAGUCACAAGCGGUGCAGCUGCUAUUAAAGGAAAGUUCCACGCCUUUAACCAGAAUGUUAGUGAACAGGUGGCUUCAUACAUGAGGGAUCCAAGUAGAAUGAUCAAACAAAUGCAACAGUCCAGAUCAACUGUUGCUGUUUUUGGCACUGUCCCAGGGGAAGCCAUGGAACCAAAUCAAGAGGAAAGACAGCUUGAAGGAGACCCUGAACUUAUAGAAGAUGCUGAAUUCUAUCAGCAGUUACUGAAGGAGUUCAUUGAGACCAUCGAUCCAGCUUCCUCAGAAGCGGCUUACUAUGCAAUGAAGAAGUUUCAGACGAAGAAAAGGAAACUUGUGGAUCGGCGUGCCUGUAAGAGCAGAAAGAUCAGGUAUAAUGUUAAUGAGAAGAUUGUCAACUUCAUGGCACCACGACCGGCAAAGAUACCUCCAAACACUUCGGAUUUGCUGAAGAAUCUGUUCUGUCUAAAGAACAGAAACGUUCUCUGUGAAGCAUAAACUAUCAUCAAUCAAACAAACCGCAAUUUUGAAACGGUUUCUUCACAUUAAUUUAUGUAUUUUUAAUAUGUCUAUCAAAAUGUCCCAUCAAGAUCAUAAUUCAACUUAUCUUAAUA